AUGGCCCUCAAAAUCGGCAUCCCAACCAUGUCCCUCAGCCGUCCCGGCCUGCACUUACUCGACGACAAACUGCGCACCGCCGCCCAGCACGGCUUCCAAGGCAUCGAGCUCUUCAUCGACGACCUCACCCACCUCGCCGCCACCAAAUUCAACAACUCCCUCCUCGCCGCCGCAAAACACACCUCAGCCCUCGCCCACUCCCUCAACCUCACCAUCAUCUGCCUACAACCCUUCGGCUUCUACGAGGGCCUCCUCGACCGCACCCAAACAACAACCCUACUCACCCAAAAACUGCCCCUCUGGUUCUCCCUCGCCAAAGCCCUCAACACAGACCUCAUCCAGGUCCCCGCAAACUUCCUCCAGAACGACCCAGACACCGGCAGCCCUCGCACAACAGGAGAUCUCCACACCAUCGUCGCAGACCUCCAGACAAUAGCCGACAUCGGCGCCGCCCAGGGCUUCCGCUUCGUCUACGAAGCCCUCUGCUGGUCCACCCACAUCAACACCUGGGAGGCAUCCUGGGAGGUUGUGCAGCGGGUCAACCGUCCCAAUUUCGGGCUGUGUCUGGACUCGUUUAACAUCGCGGGCCGUAUCUAUGCGGACCCGGAGUCUGUCUCGGGCAAAACAGUGGAUGCUGACGCUGCUGUUGCGCAGACGAUACGUACUCUCCACGAGAAGGUAUCCAGCGGUGAGUUGGAUAUUAAGAAAAUCUUCUACGUCCAGCUUGUGGAUGGGGAGAGGUUGAGUGCGCCGCUGGAUGAGAGUCAUCUGUUCUAUGUGCCUGGGCAGCCGGCGCGGAUGAACUGGUCGCGUAAUGCGCGGCUGUUUCCCUGUGAGGAGGAGAGGGGUGGGUAUUUGCCUGUGCUGGAGAUUGCGCGGGCGUUCUUUGAGAUUGGGUUUGAGGGGUGGGUGAGUUUGGAGUUGUUUUCGAGGACUUGUAAUGAUGUUGAUCCGGCGACGCCGGCGGUGCAUGCGGCGAGGGGCAUGGAGAGUUGGAGGAAGGUUGUUAGGGCUCUUGGGUUGGGAGUCGAGGUGCCGGGGAGAGAUAGUCGUGAUUAUAAUGGGAAGAUCACGGCUGCGCAUGAGGAGGUGCUUCAGCAUCGGCUGUAG